CGAGCAUUCACUCUUUCUACUGCUGUGGGAUAGCGCGCUGCAGUGUUUGUACAUACCGCUCGACUGACUGCUGCAUACACGGGGAGAGUGCACCCAAUACUAUAAGAGGAUCGUCGCUCACAAAAUCACCAUACACACACCAAACCCACCAUGUCUUCACGACCCUCAGCCGACCGCACCGACAGCUCACCCUCAGCUCUAAACUCCAGCACCGACAGCUCAGCCGAGCUCCAACAAGUUGUCGAUGACCUCCUCACCCAGCUGCAAAGCAAGUUUACAAACGUCAGCAGCGAGUUGCUCGCGAAGAUGGAGGACAUGUCAAGGCGGCUGGACAAUCUCGAGGCGACGAUUCAGACGGGCGAUGGGAAGGCGUCGGGGGCGAGCAAAUAGGUGAAGAUCCAACGGCGGAUUGCGGGUUGCUUUAAUUUGUGACGAUGAUGGGCUGUAGCCAUCUUCACAUUGUCUAGGCGUCUAGGCGAGGCAUGGGGUAUGUUCGAAUUGCAGCACGCAUCAAUGUUCACACAUGGGUUUGGAAGAAUUCCUUGUAAUGAUUCGAUACGUUAUACGUUCAAUCGUAGGCACUCCGCAUUCUAUCUGGUAAAAAUGCUCCCCGAGGUCUG